AUGGAUCCGAGUCCCAUUCACGCUCAGGUUCAGCAGUUAAUCUCGCGAGCACUCGCGGGGAUCCCUCCCCUCCCCGCAUCCCACGGCACUCUCGCAAACACUCAAUCCAAUGAUCCCAAUCGCGUCCCCUUAAAGCCGCUCCCUCAGGCUCUCGCGAACGCGGGAAACCCGAACGCGUGUAAGAUCUGCCACGUGGACAUUUUAGGAGGGCCUAAGUUCCGGAUCUGCCUCUCCUGCGGCGCUCCGUCGCAUCUACACCCCGCGACUCGGUCGUCUCUGGAUGCGGGGGGUGAAGAUACUAGGAGUAGUGAUGUUAGCCGUGGUAGCUCCGUCACCAGCUCUUUACCGGGGACGUCUGUAUCGGGGACGCCGAAUUUGAGUAACGACAAGAGCGGCCUAUGGCGAAACACCCGGAUUGAGCGGCGGUAUCUGAUGUCCCUUGAGUUCAAGCCGCAAGACGACAAGCGCCGUCGCUCCUCCUCCACCCAACCCACUGAGCGCACUCUCGCCGAAACCCUAGCCGGCAUCAACGCGCCUCCCUCAGAUGCGACCUCCACCCGCGGCAGCACCGGUGCUCGAGGCAGCACAGGCAGCGCUGGGCGCACCUCGAAUGCUUCAGACGAUUUCUUUGCCGCCCCACCUUCCUCUGCAACUCCUGCCGCUGUCUCCGCAGCUCCUGCUGCAGUCCCUUCUGCGUUCUCGUCCGUCCUGCCCACGCCACUACCCGCUCCUGGCGCCCUUCCCACCACUGCACCCGCUGCUGCCCUUGCUGCCACGUCAGCCGCUCCGGCAGCUGUCCCUGCUAUUCCCAGUGCGAGUGCAGCAACAGCUGCUGCUCCUUCAUCGUUCUUUGCUGCUAGUUUUGGAUCAGCAGGGGGACAGCAGCAGCAGCAGCCGCAACAGGGUGCAGAGAGGCACAGCAGUGGUUCUUCUGCUCUGGACUUCUUCUCUCAGCUCAGUGGUAUCACAAGCUCUGUCCUUUCUGGCACCUCCUCUUCGUCUUCUUCUGCACACCCGUCCGGCGCCACUCACACCAACGACCCUGCUGCUGCUGGCAUGGGCGCUUUCACCGGAAAUUUCUCGGGCAGUUUCCCUGCGAGCCAGCCGUACGCCUCCCACGACGGGCAGUUCGGGCAGUUUGUGAAACCAGAGCUGGCGAAUCCGGUGGUGCAGGAAAUUUUGCAGUCGCUGCCCGACCUGUCGUUCAUGCUGGCAGAUCACCUCGUGGUGCCCGGGAGGGAUCCUGGAGGGUUGAGGGAGUUCAAUAGCCGGCCGAAGGUUUCUGCUGCAUCUAUCAUUGCAUCGUGCGUUCCUCGUCGGGCAAUGGAACACGCUGCAGCUGAGCCAGCAGCAGGAGGAACAGGGGCAGAAGCAGGAGCAGCAGCAGGAGCAGCAGCAGCUGGUCUUGUUGAUUCCGCUGAGAGCGCGACUACAAGUGUAGCAGCUACCAAUGCAGCAGCUACAAUGGAGGUGGAGGAGAGCGAAAAGCAGCAGGUGUCAGCAGCUGCUGAAUUCGAUUCCUUCCAAGAGACUCCUGCAGUGGGUCAUGCUGCAAUUACAGCACCUGCUGCAAACAUGGCAUCAGGCGCUCCUGGUGUUGAUGGCUCAGCAGCUGCUGGGAGUGAACCCGGGAUGGUUCCGCCUGUGGCAGAGACGUCCGUGUCGUCUGUGAUUGCGGGAAUGUCAAUGGGGGGCUUCAUGGAUGCGGAGGAGGAUACUGACGAUUGGGGCGACUUUGAGUCUUGA